CCGCCGCCGCCGCCGCCGCCGCAACCAUGGGCAGGGGCAAGUUCAAGGGCAAGCCCACCGGCCGUCGCAACUUCUCCACGCCGGAGGAGAUCGCUGCUGGAACUUCAGGGCGCCCACGCUCCUUUAAGAAGAAUGUAGCUGAAGCAGAGGAGGAAGAGGAAGAAAUAGAAGAAUCUGAAGAGGAAGAGUCCGAAGACGACGGUGAAGAAAAGAAACAUAAAGGAACUGAAGGUAUUAUUCAAAUUGAAAACCCAAACCUGGUGAAAGCAAAGAAUAUAAAAGCCAAGGAAGUUGAUCUUUCAAAGACAACUGAGCUCUCAAGGCGUGAGAGAGAGGAGAUUGAGAAGCAAAAAUCUCAUGAACGCUAUAUGAAGCUUCAGGAGCAAGGCAAAACAGAAGGGGCAAAGAAAGAUUUGGAACGUCUUGCUUUAAUAAGACAGCAGAGAGCAGACGCUGCAAAGAAACGCGAAGAGGAGAAAGCUGCUAAAGAACAGAGAAAGACUGAAGCGCGCAAGUAACUGCGAAGAUUGAGGAGGCAUGAGCUGAGCUGUGCUGGCUGGAUAUUUAUUGUUAUGCAUCUAGUAUAUUUAAACUCGGGUCUGUAUUCAAUCUAUAUUUCCAUAAAAUCAUGCAUUGACCAAAUGUGAAGAGUCCUGUCGGCCUGGCUUGCUGUGAACAUCAUCUUGGCAGGGCACAGAUGCAGUGGGAUCAGCUUAUGUAAGAUUUCGUUUCACUCAAAUUGAUAUGAAAAGAAUUGCUGAAA